CGAUAAAAUCAGCAUGGCGCGGUUAUAGCGUUACAUUCAGUCUUUGUCGGUGACUAAACAUGGCAAGAACCAAGCAGACAGCGCGUAAGUCCACCGGCGGCAAAGCCCCCAGGAAGCAGUUGGCCACCAAGGCUGCACGUAAGAGUGCCCCGGCCACCGGCGGCGUCAAGAAGCCUCACCGUUACAGGCCCGGAACGGUGGCUCUCCGCGAGAUCCGCCGCUACCAGAAGUCCACGGAGCUUCUCAUCCGCAAGUUGCCCUUCCAGCGUCUGGUCAGGGAGAUCGCACAGGACUUCAAGACCGACCUACGCUUCCAGAGUUCGGCCAUCAUGGCUCUCCAGGAGUCCAGCGAGGCGUAUUUGGUCGGCCUGUUCGAGGACACCAACCUCUGCGCCAUCCACGCCAAGAGGGUCACCAUCAUGCCUAAGGACAUCCAGUUGGCCCGGCGCAUUCGCGGCGAGAGAGCUUAGACACAGGAAAGUUAACUCCGCUCCAAACGGCUCUUUUUAGAGCCACCACUCCUUCUAAGUAGUCGCUUCUUAUUUUGUCUUUUAGCCAUUAUGUGGCACUAUUAUAAACACCAACGAUGUCGUUUUGUAUCAACCUAAAGCAGAAUAAAAUGUAUUAA